GGUGACAGGUGGAACACGCCCAGCGCGACGGCCUAUAAAGAGUCAGCGGCCGAACACCUGCAGCAUCGAGCAUCAGCUCCAGGGCCAACAGACUUUGAAGUUUUGCUCCAGAAGACCGUCGCCAUGACUCCAGCCUUCCUCGUCCUCUUCUUCCUCCUGGCCAUUCCUGCGAGAGCAGCUGAUGAAGGCACUCUAACUGAUGACCCUCUGGCAGGAGAGUUGGACGUCCCUGAAUCCAUCGCGAGAGCCAACGAAGGAAUCACAACGCACCUCGAGGACGGCGACAUUAAACCGAACAUGCAGAGGAACGCUGAUCCCUGCGUGAGAAGGGGCUGCAAGUGGCCCAAAUAUGGAAGAUACGUCUACGUGCCCGUCUCCAUCUCCUCCGCCUACACCAGAACAGAGCGCAACGUCAUCAUCAGAGGCCUGCUGACCUUCCACGCCUCCACCUGCAUCCGCUUCGUCUGGAGGAGGACGCACAGACAGUUCAUCCACUUCUACUCUGGAAGCGGGUGUUGGUCCAGCAUGGGCCGUCAGAGCAGAGGGCAGGCGGUGUCCCUGAGGAAGAACGGUUGUGUGUCCACUGGCACGGUGCAGCACGAGGUUCUCCACGCGUUGGGCUUCAACCACGAGCAGGUCCGCUCCGACAGGGACAACUACGUCUCCAUCCUCUUCCAGAACAUCAGGCGAGGAAGGGAAAGACAAUUCCAGAAGAAGGCGACUAACAACCUGGGAACUCCGUACGACUUUAACUCGGUCAUGCACUACGGAAAUUUCGCCUUCUCCAAAAACCGGAGGCCGACCAUCAUCUCCAAGGCAAACCCCAACCUCAGGAUUGGAGGCGCCAAAUAUAUGAGCCAAAACGACGUCUCCCGCGUCAACAGGCUUUACCAAUGCCGAGUUUAAAGAUGGCGGGAGCGAGUCGGCCUCCAGAUACUUCGACCCUCAGGCGGUCACGAUUAGGACCCAAGGCAGGAUGUAAUAUACUGC